AUGUCGGAUUCAGACUCGAGUUUCUUACAUAGUAAUAGUUGUGCUUUAUUGAAUAAAUGUUCUAAUUUUAGAUUUAUUCAAAAUUUUCGAUUAAAUAAAUCAGCAUUCUAAUACGUUCUGGAUUAGAUCGCAGAUGAGUUUCCUCCUCAAAAGCAAGGCGGAAUUUCGACAGAAGUAAAACUUGCGGCGUGUUUUCGGUUCUUUGCAGAAGGUAGUUAUCAACAUGGCACUGGAAAAGACUUUGAUGUGGCAAUAGCUCAACCUACAUUUUUGAAGAUUCUUUUAAACAUGCUUGUCGUUUUGGAGAGGAAAAUCUGUUUAAAAUGGAUAAAUAUAGUAAUGACAGCAGAAGAAAUGAUGGAAAUGUGUGACAACAGGCAGCGGAUUCGUUUUGUUGAUGCUAGUUAUCAAGGAUCAAACCAUGACUCACAUGUUUGGAUAAUGAGUUCUGCUCGAAGUUACAUGAACGAGUUGUACAGAAAUGGGGAAAGAAAUAUAAAAAUUUUAGGUACUGAAAGCUAA